UUUUGAACGAUUGAAUAAAUCUGAAUAUUUAUUUGUUAUUUUUCUGUAAAUUAAAAAAUGCCAGGAGUGUGACAUAAGAUUUACACAGACCAUUAACAGUAACGAAACUCCGCGAGAUUUCAUAACGUUAGCUUUGGUAGCAACAAAAUGGCGACAAUAACAUCGAAAAGUGUCGAAUAUUUGGCUUCACUUCCAAAAGAUCAAAGCAGGCUUGCUUUGGCAAAGACAUUGAAAUGGCCACCCUUCGACGAGGACCAUGAUAUGCAGGAGGCAAUCAAACUUGAUUUCCUCUUUGAUAGUAUGAAUUAUGCUGUAGAAAAGGGGUUUCCAUGGAAUAAAGUUGCUUUUGUAGUAAAAUUUGCUGACAAACUUACUGAAGAAUUACAAAACUGUGACAAGAUCACUGAUAUUCUAGGUUUCUACAAUUCCCAAUCAACAGACCUUAUACAGACAUUGGGAGAAAGAGACUAUAAGAUAUACUCUUCAUUUGUGUUUGAGACAAUAUUACCUCAUUUCAAACUAUACAAACUAGUAUUUACAACCCCUCGUGCAGAGCAAAUACCGAACCUUCCCAUUGCUGUAAAACCUCCAUUUGAAUCUGGGACUCUGAAAGAAACUAAACCUCUCAAAGUUUGGGAAUAUGAAAAAAGAAUUCAAGACUUAGAAGCAAAAGAAGAACAAAAGGAGAAGGAAAGACUAGCUGAAAAUGAGAAGAAAUUAUCGGAACUGCAAAAAGAAUCAAAAGAUGCUUUAGAAAAAGUGGUUCAGGUUGAAACACCUUUAAACAAAGAAGUUGUAGGUAGCAUUAUAGAAGAAGUAAUGAAGCAAUAUACAAUAUCAGCCACUGAGAACUUGAAGUUUAAAGUAGAAAAAUUACGAGAUGACCUCGAGUUUAAACUAGAGAAAACAUGUAUGCCAAGACCACAAGUGUUAGGUCCCCCAAUACGAUACAAGUAUAAAAUAAUUCCAAAAUCAGUCUCUACAAAACCAGUUCCUGUAACUUCCCCAGUAGACUGUGCCUCAAACUCUCCACCUGCUUCUCCAAAAUCACAGGAUUCUGAAACCCAGACCACCCCCAAGAUACAAUGUCCAAGCAGCGAAAAUUCCAUCGUCCAAGAUGCCUAAAUCACCAAAGCCUGGUUCCCGGGCCUCAGGAAGAAGCAAGAAAAAGUAGUGGAACCAAUGAAGAAAUAUAUACAUAAAAAAAACAUUGCCAUCCCUAUUGGUUAUUGGUUAGCUUAUUACUGGAUCAACAAGCUCACAUCAUGUGACCAAAAUAAUUUUUCGAGCGAUUUCAAUUUUCUUCCAUUUUCUUUAUAAUAAAUCUCUUGGGAAAUAACGUUGACAGUAUACCAUUCUGAGUUUUAUUUGCAUAAAAAGAUGAACCAAGUAUUUCUAUAAUUCAAAUACUUAAUAGCACACUUUUUUUUAGUACACAAAAAGGUCUAUCGGGGAAAAAAUCAACCCCAAGCUAACUUACUGUAUGAAUUAAAAGAGUUAGAUAAUUUAUAAAUGAGGUAAUAAUUGGUCUUGUUCAUCAUCUACAGUAAAUAUUUUUGAAGAUAUAUGAUUUUUUUCUUUCUUUUUUAACUUCUGUUAUGAUAUAUAUGUUUUGUCUUUAUUACUAUUAAUAAAGUUGUUGAUAUUU